AUGAGGCUCCUCGUCCCCGACGGGGCGCGCAACCACUGCCGCCGCCCGUCGUCCGAGGCGGCGCGCCUGCACCGCCCCUCCGAGCCGCCGCCGGACGCCGCGGGGUCCAGCGGGAGGACGGUUGCCGUGGGGAUCAGGAGGGACGCCGCCAGCCGCGAGCUCCUCACCUGGGCGCUCGUCAAGGUCGCCAAUGCCGGCGACCGCGUCGUCGCCAUCCACGUCGCCGCCGGAGCGGCCGGAUCGGAGAACAAGGGGAAGGCCGCGGAUUCCCUCGCGUCGGUGCUCGCCGUGUACGACGGCUUCUGCAACCUCAAGCAGAUCAACCUGGAGCUCAAGGUCUGCGGAGGAUCGUCUAUCAGGAAAUCCCUGGUGAAAGAGGCGGCUUCGUGUGGAGCUUCUCAUCUGAUCCUCGGGGUCGCCAAGAAUUCGCGGUCUUUUGGGUCCUCCUACACCUCAGUUGCCAAGUACUGCGCAAAGAGAGCUCCCCUGAGUUGCUCGGUUCUCGCUGUGAACAACGGCAAGAUCAUUUACCAAAGAGAUACUGCACACCACGAACUAUUCAGUAGCACCAGCACACCCCCCGAGACUCCAAGGAGGAGUUACCGUAAGCUUCUGACUUCCCUGAUGGGAGAGAAACUUCCGGACGAAUGUGCACAGGAUAACAGGUGCAUUUCUCGGGCUGUUACCAUGCCAUCGAGGUCUCCCGCACGGCCAAAGGAACUUUCAUUGGCAUUAGUUCCAGUUAAGGGUUGCCAACGUGGAUCAUCAGAAGUGGUUACUGGCUGGCCAUUCCUAAGGAAGAAGUUACUGCCCAAUCGACAGGGUGCGUUGUCUGACAAGCCCAAGAUGUCUGUGGUGCAGUGGGCGAUGCGGCUUCCGAGCAGGUAUUCAGCUGUUUCGCCAGCCCAUCUGGAACACAGAACCACGAGACCAGACUCAACCAUUAGCGCUGGCCAUACCUUGCGCGACAGGGUAGUUGUCAUACCUUCCAGAACCAAUUCAGAAAGCUCUUCUGUGGUGAUCGAGGAAUUGGAUACAGAAGUCCCAGAGGAGCUUAUCUCACUCAAAGAGAAAUUCUCAUCCAUUUAUUCUGCGUACAGUUACGAUGAACUUGCAAAGAUCACUUCCGAUUUCUCACCUGAGUGUAUAGUUGGACAAGGUGGCACGAGCAAAGUUUACAAAGGUUGUUCAACAAAUGGCAAGGAGUUGGCAGUGAAGAUCCUGAAAUGUUCUGAUGAGGUACUGAAGGAGUUCAUCUCAGAGAUCGAGAUUCUCAGCUCACUCAGUCACAAGAGUAUCAUAUCCAUCAUCGGCUUCUCCUUCAAGGACAAUGACCUUCUAUUGGUGUAUGAAUACUUGCGAAGAGGUAGCCUAGAAGAAAUACUGCAUGGAGAGAAAGAAUGCAAGAACAUGUUUGGUUGGACCGAGAGGUUCAAUGUUGCGGCAGGUGUUGCUCAUGCACUGGAUUAUCUCCAUGGUAACGGCAACAGUCGCUCAGUGAUUCAUAGGGAUGUCAAGUCAUCAAAUAUCCUCGUCUCGGAGGAUUUUGAGCCGAAGUUAUCAGACUUUGGUCUUGCGCUCUGGGCCACCGAUGCAACACCCCAAACCACAUGCAAUGAUGUCGCAGGAACUUUUGGGUACUUAGCUCCUGAAUACUUCAUGCAUGGCAAGGUGAAUGACAAGAUCGACGUGUUCGCUUUUGGUGUGGUUCUUCUUGAACUCGUGUCGGGCAGAAAACCGCUUUGCACUGGUUGUCCAAAGGGCCAGGAGAGCCUAGUUAUGUGGGCGAAUUCUGUCAUUCAAGGAGGAAAGCUCACUCAACUGGCAGAUCCUAGCUUGCCUACAGAAGGCCAUACCGAUGAAGUUGAGAGGAUGACACUGGCUGCUUCGCUCUGCAUCAGAUCAACACCUCAACAUCGUCCUCACAUCGCAGUGGUUGUGAAGCUACUUGAUGGCGACAACGAUACUCUCAAGUGGGCUAGAUCGCAAGUCGGGUUAUCGUACGAGAGCGAUGGCGACGAAGAUGCGGUUACGCUUACACCUCCGGAGAACAACACCAACAUCCAGUCCUACAUCAAUCUAGCCUUCGAUGUCGACGACGACUCCGCCUCCGUCAGCAGCAACGACUUCAUCACCGCAAACACGUCGCUGGAACAGUACCUACAGGGACGGUGGAGUCGGUCAUCGAGCUUCGACUGAACGGUCCAUGGAAGAGUUCCCCAAUUUUGUGUAUAGAUCUUUUCCCUCCCCAUUUUCUUUUCUAAUUUAAUUUGUGCUCCUUGGAUGAGAGGCGGCACAUCCAGUGCCCUCCUCAAGGCCGAUCUUCUGAUCAUGUCUUAUUUUUCUUGUGGGUGAGCCGGUAAUCCUCUCGCCCAAAGGAUGAGGAAUAAAUUAGGAAGAAUGUUAGUGUGGGUUGUUGUUCAGAACUUAGGAUAAAAUUGUAGACAUGAGCUAAUUUAGCUCCUGAAACUGGAACUGCAAUGUUUGCUAGUAUGAAAAAUAGUUACUGCUGAAGUUCACUAUGGGUGCUGAACUGCAUCUGCUGCCUUGUAGUA